ACAAAUAUUCACAAAGAAUUCAAUGCGUAGUGUUCAGUGAGACUUUCUCCGAGCCAGAUAUGGAUCAUAGUGAAAAAAUUCAACGGAAGGCUCACCCCAGGGAAAGGGCUAAUAUUUUUUCUCUUCUAACCUUUAUAUACACCAGGAAAAUAUUCACUUCCGGAUUCAAGAAGGAUCUGGAAGAUGAUGACUUGUAUGACAUCAUAAGGAAUUGCAAAUCAAGGAAGUGUGCAGAUAAAUUAGAACAUUCCCUCAAACAUGAAACAAGAAGGUCAAAACCAUCAACAUAUAGAGCGCUGUGGAAUUGCUACGGGAUCAAAUAUAUCUGUUUGGGAAUAAUAAGUUUGCUUAUGCAUCUUGUGGGAGAUUAUUUGGAACCAGAAGCCAUAUCAAAACUGGUUGGGUAUUUCAAACCAGGCCAGACCACAAUGACUCUGUACGACGCCUUAUUUUAUGCUGGAAUAAUGUUGGGGCUCAAACUUUUGCAUGCGUUCUACAGGAACAACUACUCCAUAUUUAUGUCUCAGUUGGCGUUACAGAUAAGAACAGCUUUCAGUUCUAUCAUUUACAGAAAAGUUUUGAAGCUCAGCCCGAAAGCACUAGAAAAUACAAGCUUAGGAAAUAUCGUAACUGUGAUUACCAAGGAUGUGAAUCAAUUUCAAGGAGCCAUUUGGCUGCUCAAUGAUCUCUGGAUUGCAAUUGUGCAAACGUUUUUCAUCUGCUAUCUCAUUUAUAACAGGAUUGGCAUCACUUCUCUUGCUGGCGUGCUGAUGCUCUUGUCUCUGCUGCCAAUACAAACAUAUGUGGCGUCUGUAAUGAAAAGAAUGAGAUUGAAAAUGAAUAAGAGAACUGACGAAAGAUUGCAGAAAACCCAGGAGACCUUGUCUACCAUAAGAACUAUCAAGAUGUAUACGUGGGAAAUCAUAUUCGGGAGUAGUAUUGAAGAUUCUAGAAAGAAAGAAACGAAAACGAUUUUGAAAACUUCUCUCAUAAAAUCAUGCCUGUGGAGUAUGAACCACUUUAUGGGAAACAUCUCAUUCUACGCAUUAAUUAUGAUCUAUAUUUGGGUGAAUGAAGACAUGAGUGUCGAAACUGUGUUCUACCUGAUGCGAAACUUUGGUGCUUUGAGACAUACCAUAGGGGGAGCGUUCUCGAUGGGCUUCACGAGAAUUGCAGAAGUGAUGGCUUGCUUGAACAGAAUAGACAGGGUGUUGCAGCUGGAAGAACUUGAAGACGACCAGGUGGAUAAACCUGAUGAUGACCCGUUGAUUGACAUUAGAAACGUCAGUUUGAAGUUGAGAGACCGAGACAUUCUGAAGAAUAUCACCGCGAAGAUGGGAGUGGGUCUGAAUGUUCUGACAGGCCAGUUGGGAUGUGGGAAGAGCUCGUUGAUGAAAGUGAUUCUGAAAGAUUACCCAAUAGAUGAGGGGGAGCUGCGAACGAGGGGAAGAAAGAGCUAUGCCUCUCAAGACCCCUGGCUUUUUCCUUCUACCAUAAGGCAAAAUAUUCUGUUCGGGGAGAAAUACGACUACAAAAGAUAUAGAAAGGUUUNGAGUGGAGAUGACACCAUUGUAGCCGACAGAGGAUUGAACUUGAGUAAGGGGCAGCAAGCCCGCAUCAACUUGGCUAGAGCCGUGUACAAAGACAGUGACAUCUACCUCAUCGACGAUGCUUUGACGGCUCUAGACCCCCAGGUUCAAGACCAAAUCUACAACCAGUGCAUCAAAGGUUUUCUGAAAGACAAACUGGUGCUGUUGGUCACGCACAACGCUAAACAUAUCGCAGGUGCGGAUAUGCUUCUAAUUCUUCAAGAUGGAGAGGUUAAGUUCGCAGGAAAACAGAUCGACAUUUCCGAAGACAUCUUAAAAGAAUUUGAAGAAGAGGAAUUUGAAAUGGAGGUUUCGAAUGAGACGAAGGAUGAAGAAAAUGUCCUUGUGAAGGAUGAAGAUGGUGAUGAAGAAUCCCAACUAUUGGUCGCGGUUGAGAAAAAUAGAAAACAAAUCUACCAUGAGGUUAAGAAAGAAGGAAAGGUGGAUUUGUCGAUAUAUGCAAAAUACGUGAAAUUUGGUGGAGGAUGGUUAUUCUUGGGAUUCAUAGUACUAGCAUAUUGUGUAUCGACUUUCACGGAUAGCUCGUCGCAGAAAAUGCUGAGUCAAUGGACCAACCAAAGAGCUGUCAUAAUAAAUAUCAAGGAAACUUACUUCCGUAAUGAAACCAUUCCGCAAGUGAACGUCACCGAACUAUUCGGAAAUAACUUUGAAAAACUGAAUCAUACGAAAGAACUGAUUUCUUCGAGCACGAAACUUUCGAAAUUACUAGAACAAGCGUCUGAUCUGGGGUUGAAUAAAACACUCAUGGUGGCUUUGCAUUUGGAAAAACUGGAAUGGCAGGCAUCGAAAACUCUGAACAUAUAUUCCCUCUUACUAAUCACAUCGUCUUUUUUGGAAAUAUUCAAAGUGGUGCUGAUGAUGAAGUUCGCUUUUGACGCCUCCGUCAGAAUUCACAGGGCGAUGAUCAAAAGUGUGAUUCACUCGAAGAUGGCAUUUUUUGAUAACUACUUCAUUGGCAAUAUUCUGAAUAGGUUUUCCCAGGACUUGAGUGUUGUAGACGAACAGUUGCCGCAUCAUUUGUCAGCGCUCAUUUGGGUUGGCUUCAGCCUUUUUGGGAAUGUUGGAUUGAUAGCAUCCGUUAGUUUCUCAUUCAUUCUUCCCACGAUAGUGCUAGUAAUUUCUUUAGUUCUUUUGCGAUUCAUAUACAUGCCUUCAGCAAGAAGUCUCAAACGUCUGGAAGCUGCUACUAGAAGUCCUCUUGUAGGCCAUCUGAACUCGACGAUAGAAGGACUAACUACAAUAAGAGCUUACAAAGCACAAGAAAUACUUCGAUAUGAGUAUGACCAACAUCAAGACUUAUUUAGCAGUGCUUCUUACACAUCAAUCUGUGUAAGAGGGGCAUUUUCCUUCUAUAUGGAAAUCAUUGCCCUUGGCUUCGA